AAUGAUUUGCUUUUUGGCCAAGCAAUUUUUGGUCAGGAAAGGAAGACUCAGAGGGCUUGGCCGACUUAAAAGCUUCUUUUUCUUCUCCUUAUCGCCGAAUAUAAUGAGUCUCUUCAGCCUCAGAAACAGUUUCUUCUUCUCCUCCUCGUCGCCGGCUUAGGGUUUUCUUCUCUAUAAAGCUCAUCAUCACCUUCUCUAAUCGUAGCUUUUUGCAGAAAACCCUUGCCGCCGCCUCAGCGAUCGAUCUGAACACUUCAUCAGGAUCUUUCUUACCGACGGCUGUAUAAAUCGACGGUGGCGUUUGUUUCUUCUCUGAUUGUGUUUAUUUCUAUGACAAAGAAGAUGAACACACUUGUAUCUACCCACCAGACUCUAACUGUUACCGUUGGAAAGUAAGGAUUGUCUUUGUAACACACUUGUUUUUGAAUGAGUACGCUGCUCGUGACUUUGCUGACUGAUGUAAACUGUAGCAAAUGUCCCUUGUUACGAUAGAUAUACCAUGAUGGUUGUCGUCUCCUAAAUUUAUGCUCUGAUUUUUUAUCUUGUUAACUGUGAGAUAGUGUUUAAUGGAGGAACUUGUAACUUGUAAUAUUGUUGUUUAGUAUCUUAUGCAUUUCCGUUUCUUUUGUGCAGUGCUCUUUAAUGCUGUCGGCAAGGCACCAUCUUUAGGACUGAUAGCGAGUUAAGAGUUACAGUUGACUUUUUCUUUCAAGGUUAUAGGUUUAGCAUUGUUAAUAGCUAGAAAUGGAAACGAAGAUCGUCAAGGUGUUGGAUAGUAGACGCGAAGAUGGUUCCGGUAAAAAGAGGAAACGCGCAGCAAGCUAUGCUGCAUAUGUUACUGGUGUGUCGUGUGCAAACCUGCAAGAUGUUCCCCCACCGAACCCGCAGAGCCAAGUUCCCGACAAAAGAAGGAAAUUGGAAGGUGCUUACGAGAAUCUGUCUGGGAAGUCGCUGGUCAGAUACUACUCUUAUUUUAAGAAGACCGGAAUUGCAAAGCGUGUUAUGAUCUACGAGAAGGGUGACUGGAAUGAUUUGCCUGAUCCUGUUAUAUGUGCAAUCCGAAAUGAGUUAAAUGAAAAGAGGGCUGCAAUUGAGUUCGAGUGGUGUGGUCAACAUUUUCUUUUGGAUUUCUUGCACAUGCAUAGGCUAGAUUUGGAAACAGGGGCGAAAACUCCGCUUGCAUGGAUCGACAUUGGAGGCAAAUGUUUCUUCCCUGAAAUUUACGAGAGUGACGAAAGGAACGAUUGCUGCAAUCACAAGUGCGUGGAAUAUUCAAAACAAUAUGUCCCGCAUGAUAUCAAGUUGCGCCUUGAGAUUGAUGUUAAUGCUGGGGAGCCGAGGUUGAAUUUGGAGGAGUGCAGUGAUGAAUCUGGUGACAGUAUGGAUGAUGAUCCAGCCGAGGAUAGCUGCAGCCGCAGGAUUGAACCUGCUGUUUCGAAAUGGGAUGAGACGGAUGCUAUAGCAGUCUCUGGUGUCAAGCCUGCUGGAGCCGAAGGCCUUGAUAAAGAUGCAGUAAAAAAGAUGUUUGCAGUAGGUACAGCUUCUCUAGGCCAUGUAGCGGUGCUAGACGUGGGCCGUUUUUCCAGUGAGAUUGCGGAAGCUCGCCUAGAGCUUUUCCAGAAGCAGGUUGAGAUCACCAAGAAACAUCGAGGGGACGCAAACGUUAGAUACGCAUGGCUUCCUGCAAAGAGGGAAGUUCUAUCUGGGAUUAUGAUGCAGGGACUUGGAGUUGGGGGAGCAUUUAUUCGAAAGUCCAUGUAUGGUGUUGGGAUACAUUUAACUGCUGCAGACUGCCCUUACUUCAGUGCGAGGUACUGUGAUAUUGACGAAAAUGGAGUACGGUACAUGGUUUUGUGCCGUAUAAUAAUGGGGAACAUGGAGCUUCUUCGUGGUGAUAAAGCACAGUUUUUCUCUGGUGGAGAAGAGUAUGACAAUGGAGUCGAUGAUGUCGAGAAUCCGAAAAAUUACAUUGUCUGGAACAUCAAUAUGAAUACCCAUAUAUUCCCUGAAUAUGUUGUUAGGUUCAAGCUGUCUGUUCCUCACAAUGCUGAAGGUGAUAUGGUUGCUAGGCAUGAUAACUCAGGUGUCACUUUGGAAGGACCCAAGGAUCUUCCUCCCCCGCAGGGGCCUGAAAGAGGUUCAGGGAGCGCAAACAGUGUGGGUUCGAGCACUACGAAACCCAAAUCUCCUUGGAUGCCGUUUCCUACUCUGUUUGCAGCAAUCUCACCCAAGAUUGCAGAGAAGGACAUGUGUUUCAUCAAUGCUGACUACCAACAACUGAGGGAAAAGAAGAUGACGCGAGGAGAGUUUGUGAGGAAGCUGCGGGGAAUAGUAGGAGAUGAUCUGCUUAGGUCCACAAUAACAGCUCUUCAAAACCAGCCAAAGUUGAAUAAGGAGAUUCCUGGAAGCGACGAGGAAGGUGCAGGUGGGUUUGUAAAGUAAAAGUGGGAAUGUGAUAAUGACGACGAAUGUCAAAAGGAAGCUGCUUUAUAUCUAUCUACCCUGCCUUUGUGGUUCUCCUUUUGACUUUUAUAAUAUAAAAUCUUUUGAGUAUAUUAGUAGACUUUUGGGUCUGGUGGUAAGAGUUGAAUGUGCCGACUAUUCUGUCGUGGAAAAAUCCUUCUUAAAAGUCUGUUGAUGACGUUGGGUCUUUUUCUUUUAUUAGCUGCAAAACAUUGUUGAACCUUGAAGAAAACGUGGUCGUUGAGUCUAUUGUGAAACUUGCUACUUUUUUUUUUGUCAUAUCUACUUGAGAUUGUCUCUCACGA